CGGUCACCCUCACCAGAAAUAGGGAAGUAAAAUUUCUUUGUCUCAUGUAGUAUAAAAUGGGCAAACAUGACGUGUUCUACCAGCACUCGAUUUGCCUUUGAGCUUUUAAAACAUACAAGCUGUGAGUACUUUAGUCAUCCACAAUGGUGACACUAAAGAUUCUAUUAGGUAUUCUUGUCAUAUUUGUGAUCAUUCAGGCAGAACUGCUUAAGGCUGAUGAUGUAGAAAUUGAUCGAGAGAUACGUGGUAGACCUGGUAGGAAGGGACACAGAAUAAGGCCUCCACCUCCCACAUCUAAACCUCCACCACCUCCACCUACUGGUGAAACUAAGCCUCCCCCUAUACGUGGAGCUAAGCCUCCCCGACCACCUCUACCUAUACGUGGAGCUAAGCCUCCCCGACCACCUCUACCUACACGUGGAACUAAGCCUCCACCCACAGAUCCACCUUCAGGAAUUCCUCCUAAAAAAAUACUAGAAGCAGAUGCGGCUCGUGAUAAACCUGAACAGAAAGCAAAAGCUACUUUUUCCACCCGUCCUUGGUCUUUGGACUGGCGAUGUUGGGGCUGCUGGAGUGGAUGGUGGCCAUAUCACAGGAGAUGCUAUCUUUGCUGGUUAACAUUUCCCAAUCCACUGCUACCUUGGAGAUGCAGCUGGUGGUGCUUCUAUGGUAGCUUUGGUACACCAUGGCCAUAUUGGCACUGCUGGAACUGUUGGUGGUCACCAGUUGGCAAAUAAGAUGCACCCCUUCUACAGAUUACAAGUACUGAUGACAGCAAAUGGACAAAGACCAUGAUUUUAGGGAAACCUUAUUACAUUGAAGUAAACUGAAAUAUAGUGGAACAUUAAAUUGAAUCAAACUGAUAAUAGUUAAAUAAAUUCAAAACUUAAAUGUAGCAAAUCA